CUGGCUGCCUGCAGCCGGCCUGCAGGCCUGCCUCGGCUCUGAUCACUGAUCAUUUAAUCCUUUAGUGGAAAAGGUUUGCUCGUCUUUGGCUUUAACAGGUUUGUCACCCUGCCAGCUACACAGAAACUCGGAAGACAUGGACGAACUCCUGUUACCGAGCGGCGAGGAGGAGGCACACUCCGAGCACAGUUCGUUCACUCCAGGAGACGCAGGGAGGACGAUGGGGGACCGAGUCAAGACCUUUGUCCAGGAGUUGGUGAAGGGGGACGUGAGGAGGACUGUGACCGAUUUCUGUAGAAGGAACGGGUUGCUGACGAUUUCGGUCAUUGCUGUGGUGACCGGCUGUACGCUGGGCUUCAUGCUGAGAGGAACUCAGCUGUCCACACAGGCUAAAAUCUACUUUUCUUUUCCCGGGGAACUGCUGAUGAGGAUGUUGAAGAUGCUCAUCUUGCCUCUCAUCACGUCCAGUUUAAUGUCGGGACUGUCGUCGAUGGAGUCGAAGGCAUGCUGUCGGAUGGGCGUCCUGACCGUUACCUACUACCUGUGGACAACCUUCAUCGCUGUGGUCGUCGGCAUUGUGCUCGUCAUCAUCAUCAAGCCUGGUGUGGGCACGGAGAUGGAGAGCAACCGGCUGGGUGGUGGUCCUGUCAUGACUUCAGCUGACGCCCUGCUCGACCUCAUCAGAAACAUGGUUCCCUCUAACCUGAUUGAGGCCACAUUUCAGCAGUACAAAACCGACCUGAUCCCCAUUCUCAAAGUUCCGACUAAAACCAUCCAGCCCAACUUCGUCUAUGUCAUCCCAGAUGACAGCAACCCCAAAGGGCAGACGGUGUACCUGGAGCUGACUCCACCACCGGACAUCAUGUACAAGACGAGUCCUGGCAGCAGCCAGCAGAUGAACGUGCUGGGCAUUGUCAUCUUCUCUGCUACCAUGGGUCUGUUGCUGGGCAGGAUGGGAGAGCGAGGAGCUCCGCUGGUCAACGUCUGUCAGUGCAUCAAUGAGUGUGUGAUGAAGAUCAUUAACGCUGCUGUGUGGUACUUCCCAUUCGGCAUCAUAUUCCUGGUGGCUGGAAAGAUCCUGGACAUGCAGGACCCGAGUACGCUGGGAAAGAAGCUGGGCUGGUAUGGCAUCACUGUGCUCGCCGGCCUCUUCGUACAUGGACUCGUCCUCCUCCCUCUCUUCUUCUUCAUCCUCACCAGGAGGAACCCUUUCAGCUACAUCCGAGGGCUGCUGCAGGCCAUGGUGAUCGCUCUGGCCACCUCGUCCAGCUCAGCCACACUACCCAUCACCAUGAAGUGUUUGUUGGAGAACUGCCAUGUGGACCGUCAGAUUGCUCGCUUCGUCCUCCCAGUGGGAGCCACCAUCAACAUGGACGGUACGGCGCUCUACGAGGCUGUGGCCGCCAUCUUUAUCGCUCAAGUUAAUGACUACGAGCUGGACUUCGGCCAGUUAGUCACUAUCAGCAUCACAGCCACAGCUGCCAGUAUCGGUGCAGCUGGGAUCCCUCAGGCCGGUCUGGUAACCAUGGUGAUCGUACUCACAUCAGUUGGCCUGCCACCAGAUGACAUCACACUCAUAGUGGCCAUUGACUGGAUCCUCGACCGGUUUCGGACCAUGAUCAAUGUCCUUGGUGACGCCCUGGCGGCAGGAAUCAUUGCUCACCUCUGUCGGAAAGACUUUCCUCUCAGUGGAGCAGGAAAGCCUGUGCCCUCCUAUGGGACGCAGACUCCUCACAACAAUUCCCACAGCGUUGAUGUGCCAAUGACGGAGAUCCACGCUCAAAAAGACUGUAUGUUUGAGACGAUGGGUGACUCGGGGGGCCAGAGACACGCACACACCGUCUACUACAACAUCUGUCAGGUGUGACAGGACAGAGCAUUACGCCAUCUGAACAGGAGCAUAUAGAUAAGACAAACUCUGUGCAGGAAUCUCCUUUUGGCUUCCAGUUUAAACUGUGAACAGGAGCUGUGGUUUAUCGGGCCAAAGUGGAGCUCUGCUCUCCGGCUCACUGAGACGUGGACCGAAUUGUCAAUCGUUGGUUUAAUGGAAACUCAGCCCGCUGGCCUGAUUUUGGAAGGUGAAGGAUAUUUUAAAAGCUAUGCUUGUUGUUGGAAGAACAGGAUGAACAGGAGCCUGAUUUGCACCAGAGGAUUAUGGGUAUACAGCACCCUCCUGGGAGCACCUGUAGGUUCAUUGCCUGGCUUUCCACCUGGAUACACCUACAGAGAGAAAGCGGCAAAUUACGCCUUCUACUUCUGCAACAAAAGGAAAUUCAUUGAUUCACUGAGAGAUAAACCAGGUUUACUGCAACUUAUCAGGAUCCUGGAUGCCUCCUUUUCACAGGCUUUCGAACUGAGAGGAAGCCAGACCACACUGAAGAGGAUUUACAACAUAUUUAAUCAGGCCGGGAUAUAUGGCAAGCCAUUUUAACAUUUAACAUCUUCAUUGGAUGCAUUGCAGAUAUUUGUAUUUGAGUUCUUUCUGAUCAAUAAGGACAUUUCAUGUCCUCAUUGUUCUAGGACACAUGACAUUACUUUUAGCAUUUAUAGGUUUCUCAUUUCACAUAUCUACAAUUCAGCUGCAGAUAUCCGCAAUGUGGAUCCCAGAAAUCUGCAGCUGAAUUUUGACUAGCUGUAAUUCCAGUUUCAGACACCUACUGUAUAAAUCUCACAAUUCAUAAUUUUAGGUCAACAAAUCUUAAAUUCUCCUUAAUUCACCAUAUCUGCAUCAUCCUUUUCAGAUAUCUUUACCGGUAAUUAAUUUGAACUGGUCAGAAUGACUUUUUAGAUAUCUCAAACUGGAUUACUACUUUAUCAGAAUGUAAUUACAUAUAUCUUGCAUAUAUCUGGCCUUGUGAAAAGAUGUUGUAGAUAUUUGUAGUUACGUCAGAAACUACAGUAAGUGGGAGACAACUCAUUUUUUAAACAUUGCAACUACAACUAUAUAUGACAGCCGUUUUACCGCCAAGUCAGAGCAGCCUGAGGCCGAAGUUCUAGCAAAUUUCGACCACAAGUCUCUGAUGAACAAAGCUCUUGUUCUGCACAAACUCCUCUAUUUCAAGAAAUUUUGUAAUGAUCUUAUCCAUUACAGCAGCUGCCAUUAUUUCUGCUGACACUGACCGAUAUCCAACGGAAAACCUCGUAUGAGCAGCGUCAUGCACAAGACUAGUCAAGAGACUAGUCAUAAAGACGUUAUAGAUAUGUGGAAUAAUGAUUGCAGAUAGUCAAACUCUGUGAAUAAAUGCUUAAAUGAUUUUCUAAGAGAGAUGUCUGUAAGACUCAGGUAUGGAAGAACAUGUCUGGGUACAUGGACCCUUGUAAGAUGCUAGAUGGAUGUUAUCGGUUGCUAUGUGAACAUAAACAAUUAUUUGCAGCCUUGGAAGCAGCAUGAAUGUUGGAACUACAACACCCUGGGAUCAACACUCUUGGAUGUUGAGGUUGGAGGUGGAGAAGUGAAUCGUUAUCUUUAUUUAAUUUAGAUUUUACAGCCACACCAUAUCCGCCUUUAUGUUGAGAUAGUUUUUCAGAAGUACAAUGGACCCCAUUAUGUGAAAUGACAUCAAAAAACAAAGCUCACGAUCCCUGCAGAAGACUGUUUUUGUCUCAUAUCUACCACAUGAAGAAACGAGCCACAUCUCUGUCUUACCUCUCAGGUGUUUCUAGAACCCCUCAACUGAGCUGUGAUCUCACUGGCCGGUGCUCAGGCUGGGUGAAGGGUAAAGGGUGAUGAAUGAAUCCAAGUGCUCUUCAUCUUGCAGACUCAACCUUCUUCUUCUUCUUCUUCUCCUGUCUUUUGUGUAUUUUAGCAUGCUGGCAUGCGUUUUAAACUGACUUCAUUUGAAGUCAACGUGCAUUAUUUUCUUCUUUUGUUCUUGUUUUGACUCCACUGUUACAAAGUAAACAAAGUGCUGUAGGGAUAAUAACAAUUUUACCAAUGUCGGUUGCAGCUAAACAGAUGCUAGUCUGGGUUUCAGUUGAUAUCAUGCCUCUCCUUGGUGAACUAAACAUUCAAAAUAGAUGUUUAUGUUACAGUAAUUUAUCAAGCUUCUGGAGCCACAGAAACAGCUGAAC